AUGGCCGACGACAAGCCGUCGGUCCUCAUCAUCGGCGGCCUGGGCUACAUUGGCCGUUUCCUGGCCCUCCACAUCCACCGCAACAACCUCGCUUCCGACGUCCGCCUAGUCGACAAGGUCCUGCCCCAGCUUGCCUGGCUGGCUCCAGAGUUCUCCGAGGCAUGCUCCCAGGAUAAGUUCAUGCAGGCCGAUGCCAGCAGACCCGAGGGUUUGGCCCGGAUAUUCGAUCGCGCCGAUGGGCAGCAGUGGGACUACGUCUUCAACUGCGGAGGCGAGACACGAUACUCGCAGGAGGACGAGGUCUACAAGCUGAGGUCGCUCAACCUCUCUCUGGCCGUGGGCAACGAGGCUGCUAAGCGCAAAGUCAAGGCUUUCGUGGAGCUCAGCACCGGCAUGGUCUACAAGUCGGACUCGUCUCCCAGUAAGGAAAAGGACAAGCUCAAGCCGUGGAGCAAGAUUGCCGUCUUCAAGCUGCAAGCUGAGGAGGAGCUGGCCAAGAUUCAAGGGCUCAACCUCAUCAUUGUACGCUUGCCCCAUGUCUACGGCCCGUACGCCUCCCAGUGGGUCGCGACCGCUCUGUGCAUGGCGCGCGUCUACCAGCACCUCGAAGGCGAGAUGAAGUGGCUGUGGUCCAAGGACCUGCGCACCAACACGGUGCACAUCCACGACGCCGCUCGCGCCCUCUGGGACAUUGCCGCUUGGUACGCCGCCGGCAAGGCCAAGUGGGACAACGCUGAGAUGGGCACAACGCCAAUCUUCAACGUGGUGGACAAGGGUGAGAGCACCCAGGGGACCUUGGCCGACAUUAUCGGCGACAUUUUUCAGAUCGAGACGGGCUUUCAAGGCCAGCUCAUCAGCACGUUUGCCCGGAUGAACCUGGACAGCGUCGUCGACGACGUCAACGACGAAAUUCUCGGUCCCUGGGCGGAGCUUCUCCACGACGCCGGCAUCACGCGACCAGGGCCGCUGACUCCCUUUAUGGAAAAGGAGCUGCUCAAGGACACGGAUCUCAGCAUGGACGGCAGCCGGCUCGAGGCGGUGCUGGGGUUCAAGUACGAGAAGCCAACCAUGACGAAGCAGCUGGUGGAGGAAGUCAUUGAAAGCUACAGACAAAUGAAGUGGUGGCCAUGA